GGCGGGGCGGUCCCGUCCCUUGCCCCCCCGUCCUGCCCCCGCUGCCCAAUCGGUGCGGCGGGGCCGGCGCUGCGGGGCCAUAAAGCGGCGGCGGGCGCGGCCCCGGGAGCCGAGCGUGGGAGCCCCGGGCCCGCCGCCCAGCGCAGGAACCCCCUCGUCCGAUCUGCAGCCAUGGCCACCUCGGCGAGCUCCCACCUGAGCAAAGCCAUCAAGCACAUGUACAUGAAGCUGCCACAGGGGGAGAAGGUCCAAGCCAUGUACAUCUGGAUCGAUGGGACAGGGGAGCACCUCCGCUGCAAAACCCGCACGCUGGACCACGAGCCCAAGAGCCUUGAAGAUCUCCCCGAGUGGAAUUUUGAUGGCUCCAGCACCUUCCAGGCUGAAGGCUCCAACAGCGACAUGUACCUGCGACCUGCUGCCAUGUUUCGGGACCCUUUUCGCAAGGAUCCCAAUAAACUAGUUCUCUGUGAGGUCUUCAAAUACAACCGCCAGUCUGCAGAGACAAAUCUCCGACACACCUGCAGGCGGAUUAUGGAUAUGGUGUCCAACCAGCACCCCUGGUUUGGGAUGGAGCAAGAGUACACUCUUCUGGGGACAGAUGGACAUCCAUUUGGCUGGCCUUCCAACGGCUUCCCUGGACCCCAAGGUCCGUACUACUGCGGUGUAGGGGCAGACAAAGCCUAUGGCAGAGACAUUGUGGAAGCCCACUACCGAGCGUGCCUUUAUGCUGGUGUGAAAAUUGGAGGAACCAAUGCAGAAGUGAUGCCAGCCCAGUGGGAGUUCCAGGUGGGACCAUGUGAAGGGAUCGAGAUGGGGGAUCACCUCUGGAUUGCACGCUUCAUCCUCCAUCGGGUGUGUGAAGACUUCGGCGUCAUUGUGUCCUUCGAUCCCAAACCCAUCCCUGGGAACUGGAACGGUGCUGGCUGUCACACCAACUUCAGCACCAAGAACAUGAGGGAAGACGGAGGUCUCAAGCACAUUGAAGAGGCCAUCGAGAAGCUGAGCAAGCGUCACCAGUACCACAUCCGUGCCUAUGACCCCAAAGGGGGGCUGGACAAUGCCAGGCGCCUGACGGGUUUCCACGAGACAUCCAACAUCCACGAGUUCUCCGCUGGUGUGGCCAACCGCGGCGCCAGCAUCCGCAUCCCCAGGAACGUGGGCCAUGAGAAGAAGGGCUACUUUGAGGACCGCCGGCCCUCCGCCAACUGUGAUCCUUACGCUGUGACAGAGGCCCUCGUUCGCACGUGUCUCCUCAACGAAACUGGAGAUGAGCCUUUUGAGUACAAGAACUAAGCAGACUGCGCCCACAGACACCACCUGCCCCCCCCCCCAGCUUCCCACCCCCCUAAACUUCCCUUCUAGAUGUAAUCCCGAGGGUACAAGAUAACACGUUUUGUGUCUCAGUAACUCUUGUUGUCUUGAGGUGGGGAGGAGGGCAAAUCUAGUUUUAUCCAUGUCUGUUUGUCAUUGACCCUUCAGAAGACAAGAGGAGGAGAGGGCGUUAGAGAACUUUUAACCACUGUUUUUGGUUUUGUUUUUUUGGUUUUGUUUUUUUUUUGGUCUAAUUCAUGUGUACAUCUGAUGGGAUCCAGUGGCUUCCAGGGACAGACUGCACACACAAAAAGCCAGUAGGCAAGUGGAAAGCUUAGAAACUAUAGCUGACUUCCCCAAGAGUCAAAUUUGGGGUGUUAGCCCCACUGCUGGCUCUCUGCAGACUAAUGGUCCUCUAAGAUUGGUGGCCUUCUGCGGGGAAGGGAAGACUGGAGCUAUGGUGGAGCCCCAUGUGCCUGUACGGUGUGAAGGGGAGAUCUCCAGCCGCUGGCCACUCUGAGGUUUCUGGGAAUUUUCUGGCAUUGAGCUCAGCGUAGGAGCAUUGAGAACUCCUGGUUCUGUCACUGGAGGUCAGCUGGUCUCUGGUUCAUAACACAGAGUGAAGUAGUAUUUUUCUAUUUAAAUAUAAAAACAACAAAAAAAUUAUAUAUGAAAGUGGUUGUUUGUUUGUUUGUUU